UUCGGAAACGCUGACGUAUCUAGAGAGAUGGCAGCUGUACUAACAGAAAAGGCAGUAACACCAAAUUUUUUUCAGUGUGUAUUUUUCUUAUUGGUUAACAGUACAUCUAUUCACUGAUUAAGAAUUCUUUCUUUUCAUUCGCAACUCGUUACACCUGUAGUUGUUCCACUGGUCAAUGGAACAUAAAAUUUAGAGAUAUUCUUAAUGUAUAAUAUUAAAUAUGACAAAUAACAAAGUUGGCAAAUUGCGUUACAUUUAUUAUUCGGUUACGUGGCACUAAGUUUGAAACAGAAAAUAAAUCUUGAAGUUCGUCUGAUUAUUCCUGUGUAUUAAAUAUACGAAUAAGUUUCACACCAAGGAGACUUUCAAGUAUUCACUGGAAAAAGUUGCAAUACAUUGUUUAUCCAUCAUGAUAAGACAUGUAAUAAUCUUCUUUCUAAUUUCGAUGAUUGAAAGCGAAGAUUGUGACUUUGGUAUUAAUCAGUUAAAUGAAAUAAGACAAAUUUUCAAUGAUUCGGAACGUCGUAUGGAAGCAGCAACUCGAGGUCAAAGUGGAAGAUCGGCAUUUGUCAUAGGCAAUGGAAGAAAUGGCAAGAGUACACUAAUUAAUUACUUAAUGGGUAAUUUAUUAAAAGCUUACCGCUCUGGUAAAUAUGAGCCCCUGAAAUUAGAACUAGCUAACAGCAAUACCAAAGGACCAGAAAUUGGUGCUGGAUCACUGUCAGUGACUACAAUUCCCAAAAAAUGGAACUCAACAAGGCCACAAUUACAGAAUUUGGACAUCUGGGAUACUGCUGGGUUUACGGACAAUAGAGGUAUAAUGCAAGAUUUAAACAAUUCCUUUCAUCUGUAUCAUUUGACAAGAAAAGUCGAAACUCUGAAAUUUAUUAUAGUUAUCAGUUUUAGUGACAUUAUUAAUGACAAUGUUGAACAGAUGAGAAAACUUUUAAGUACUUUAGAAGAAUAUUUUACUGAUAGUUUUAGAACCUUUUUUCCAAGCAUAUCAGUAAUUAUCUCAAAAGCACCUAAAUCCGAUGAUUUUGAUAAUUUAGUCGAUCAUGAAUACAUAACUGAUAAAUUAUUUAACAGAUUAUUAUCAAAUCCAAAUAUGUCUAUAUCCGAAGUUUCAAAAGACUUUGUACGACAUAUUAUUAUACAUAAAAACCAAAUUUUAGCCUUCUUCAAGAAAGCACAACAAACUGGGAUUGUUACUUCUGAAAUCGAUGUUAAUAUUAUUCCAGCUAUUAAUAACUGCAAGAGAAUAAUCAAGUCAUGUCUCCAAAAUGUAGGUUUAACAAUUUCCCAAGAAUCAGAAUUUUGUCUACGAAAGGCGAAUGAUGAGUUGCUGUCCAUAGAUGCAAUUUUAGAAUUUCAAACUGAACUGUGCAACUCGUUCGAUGAAAAGUUCGCUGCCUCUUGUCAAUCCAAUGAUACUAAUACUUUACAAACCAAUAAAGCCGAUUUGAAUAGAAUCAACGAAAGCUUGAAAACUUCUUUAGACAAUAAUUCUGAUGCAGAGGUUAAAAUUCAAACUCUGGAAAUAAUUAGUGAUAAUUUGAAAAAAUUCAUCACAGCCGAAAAAUUGCUAAAUAAAGUAAGUCUAAUAAAAUUUCUUGAUUCUAUACUUAAAACAAAAGGAAUGAGUUAUAUAGCUACUUCAGUAAAUGGUCUUGUUAAUGCCGUAAAAGCAAAAAUCCGCUCAUUGUUAACAACAUGUUCACAUAAAUUAAAUGAAAUAACAGAGAAUGAACGUAAAAAAAAAGAAGCUGAAGAUGUCGAGAACUCAAAAAGAGUAUUAAACAAUACGGAGAAUGAUGUAUCGAAGCUCGUGAUACGUGAAGAAAGAAAAAGCGGAUGGCGAAUAUUUCUGGAGGGCCUUGCACGCUUUCUUCAAUUAGACGGAAGUGCUAUGACUAUGGGUUAACUUAAACAAAUCGUUCACUCCAAGUGGAAUGUACGUAUGUUUAAAGAACAUUUUAGAAGUUACGUAUCUUCCGCGUUCAGUGAAGAAACCACGUAUCUUUCUGUUCCGUGCAAAAACUACGUAUCUCUGUCAGUCGCUUUAGAAACUUCUAAUAAUAUUCUAAUAUUUUUAAGAAAAAAAAUUUAAUUAUUAUUAAAAAUAUACAUUUUAUUGCAUCAACUUUUGAAAAAAUUAUUACUUCAUAACAAAAUAU